AUGGUGAUACAAAAUCAGCAAGCCUCUAUACAUAACUUAAAGAAACAGGUGGGACAAAUAGCAGCUGCAUUAGCCAACAGACCACAGGAUACCUUAUCAAGCGAUACAGAAAAGAACCUAAAGGAGCAUGUAUUAGCAGUUGAAGCUCUGAAUUAUGCAAUUAUCGAGACACCAUCAAUCAAGCCUACUACACCUGUUCGUGCUUAUGCUAUCACACAAAGAAACAGAGUUCAGCUUCCAGAAAUCACAGUGAAGAAGAAGAUGACUGAGGAAAAUCAAGUCAAGGCAACCGUUCUUAGCAAUAAACACACACCUUCAGUUACAUCCCCUCAAAGAUUGCAGAACAAUAAAAUCGACAAACAAUUGAAGAAUUUCUUGAACACUAUCAGACAACUUCACAUCAAUAUUCCUUUUAUUGAUACUAAUCUACAAAUUCCAAAUUAUGCUAAUUUUUUGAAGAAGAUGUUGACUAAGAAGAGAAAGCUACUAAAACAUGAAACAAUAGCACUAUUUGAAGAGAAACUAGAAUUAGGAGAUCCUAAGGGGACAUCUAUUAUCCUUCAGCUAGCGGACCGAUCACUGAAACAGCCUUACGGAAUAGUCGAAGACAUGCAUAUCAAGGCAAGGGAGUUUAUUUUUCCAGUUGACUUCAUCAUCCUCGACAUUGAAGAAGCAUAUCAAAUGCCAAUAAUUUUGAGAAGGCCAUUCUUGUCUACAAGUCGAGCCUUACUAGAUUUUGAUGCUAAUGAGAUUGUCUUGCGAGUGGAGGAUAAGCAGCAGAGCUUCACUAUGAAAAAUUCAAUCAAGCAACCAUUAUACUUUGAGGAUUGCCACUGA